AUGGCAGAAGUUGGGGGACCAGUGUACACCACGGCGUACAAGCCGCAUCCCAGUGAGAAGAUGAAAGCGGCCCUCUGGAUGGGCACAAAGUCGAUCGAGCUGGGCGAGGUGCCCAAGCCCACAAUUACGGCGCCCAAGGACGCGAUCGUGCGCGUCACGCACUGCACCAUCUGCGGCUCGGACCUGCACAUGUACAAUGGCGAUCUGAACAAGGUGAUGGAGAAGGGGAUGAUCAUGGGCCACGAGGCCAUCGGCAUCGUCGACGAAGUCGGACCCGAAGUCAAAAAACUCAACGUGGGAGACCGCGUGGUCAUCUUGCCCGUCAUCGCGUGCGGCGAGUGCUUCUACUGCAAGCGCAAGGAGUUCUCCCUCUGCGACAAGACGAACCCUUCCCAGGAGUUGGAGCAGAUGUACGGGCACCGCCUGUCGGGCAUCUUUGGCUAUUCCAAGAUCACCGGCGGAUACCCCGGCGACCAGGCCGAGUUCUGCCGGGUCCCGAACGCGGACCUCACCUGCGUCAAGGCCCCGAAGGACGUCGCGGCCAAGAAGCUGGUCGCUCUCGCCGAUGUCACCCCGACCGCGUGGCACGGCUGCGAGCUGGCCGAGGUGGGCGAGGGCGACGUCGUGGGCGUCUGGGGCUGCGGCGCCGUCGGCCUCUCGAUCCAGCGGUUGGCAAAGUUGCGCGGUGCCAGCAAGGUCUACGCGGUCGACAAGGACGCGAGGCGACUCGAAAUCGCAAAGUCGUACGGCAUGAUCCCGGUCAACGUCAACGAACACUCGAACCCGGCCGACUACAUCUUGUCCGUGGAGCCGCACGGCUUGGACCGCGGCAUCGAAGCGAGCGGCUUCAGGAGCACCAACUCGGCCGCCCACGCCACCAUGAGGGCGCUGGGCGUCGAGGGCGACAGCUCCGACACGGCCAGCGCCGUCAUCAAGGCGACUCGCAAAGGCGGCAAUGUCGCUCUGAUCGGCGACUUUUUCUACACCACCAACAACUUCCCCAUUGGAAUGAUGAUGGAAAAGGCCAUCACCGUCCGCGGUGGCCAGCUCUAUGCGGAAAAGUAUUUCCCAUUCCUUCUCGACAUCGUCGUCGACGGCAAGUACGACCCGUCGUUCAUUUUUACGCACGAAGACGACCUCGAGAAUGUCUCGGAUGCUUAUGACAAGUUCUUCAACCACAAAACGCCAGGCGGGAUGAAGGUGUGCCUGACGACUGCUUUUGGCCGGUCAGCGUAG